AUGUCUGGAGCUAACAGAGCCAGCCGGUCCAAAACAAACUUUGUAAUGGCAAACGCCGAGCUAGUCGCGCUGAUAAAAUCUUCAGUACGAGAUGAAAUCUCGGCCGGACUUGAAACUCAUCUGAAGCCGAUAAAGGACGACAUGAAAAAGAUCCAGGAAAGCAUCAUGUCGUGCGUCGAAAAAAUUGCAUCCCUCGAGGCUGCUGCUAACGAAACGGACUUGAGACUGAUUAAACUCGAGCAGGUAAACAAAUCACUUGCUGAUGAAGUUGUAUCGUUGAGGCGGAAGACUGAUUCUUUGGAAAAUUACAGUAGGAAACUGAACAUUAAAGUUUAUAAUCUACCUGAGCAGAUCGAGAUGGGAAACCCGACUGCUUUUAUAAAUGAAAUGCUGUCCGACCUGUUUGGUCAUGAUAUUGGACCCCCUCCUUACGUGAAUAUAGCCCAUCGCAUCGGCACUGUUAACAGAGACAAGCCGCGCUGCCUAAUCGCCAAAUUAAACAACUCCGACAUAAGGCAGAAAGUUGUUAGGCUCACUGGAGAAAGGGCUAAGGCAACAGGUCGGUUGCAGUACAAAGGACACAAGAUUAACAUUGUCCGGGAUAUCACAGUGGAGCAGCGCAAGAUGCAGUCUUCCUUUGAAGAGCUCAGAUCUCUCCUACGUGGGACCAACCUACGCUAUGGAGUGGCCUUCCCGGCUAAAAUGCUUAUUACCUUCCAAGGAAAAACUCACUCCUUUACAGAUCCAGCUAAGGCGAUGGACUUCUACACAACUCGGAUCAAGCCCACACUCGUCACGGAUGCUUCACACUCACCGGGCGGUGCUGCUGCUGAAGAGAAUUCCAUGUCUCCCAUCCAAGAUUAG